GUGCCAGCGAGUAGCGGAAGUGGGGGAGGGCACGUGGGGCUCUCUACGGUGGCCGAAAGGAUGCCGCCGAUGUGUUAGCAACGAGUCAAGGAGCACCCUCGAGUGGUGUGCGAAGGGUCGCGUUUCUGGUCAACCUCCACGAGUCUCUAGGAGGGAGCCCCAGCAGCCGUCACCAUGGUGAAGGAGCAGUUCCGGGAGACGGAUGUGGCCAAGAAAAUAAGCCACAUCUGUUUUGGGAUGAAGUCAGCUGAGGAGAUGCGCCAGCAGGCGCACAUACAGGUUGUGAGUAAGAACCUGUACAGCCAGGACAACAACCAUGCCCCAUUGCUGUACGGGGUGCUUGACCACAGGAUGGGUACGAGUGAGAAGGACCGUCCUUGUGAAACCUGUGGGAAGAACUUGGCUGACUGUCUGGGCCACUAUGGUUACAUUGAUUUGGAAUUGCCUUGUUUUCAUGUGGGGUACUUCCGAGCAGUUAUAGGCAUCUUACAGAUGAUCUGUAAAACCUGCUGCCACAUCAUGCUGUCCCAGGAGGAGAAGAAGCAGUUUCUGGAUUAUCUAAAGAGGCCUGGCCUGACCUACCUCCAGAAGCGAGGUGAAGUGGUGGAUAGGUUAGAGGGCAUGGAGAAGUAA